GAAAGAGUAUGGUAACAACUCUGGCUGGAAUAGUAUUUACUCAUCAAGUAGAAAAGGAACUCUUGGAAAGGGAAACUAAUAUUGUCGAUGAUUCCUGCAUAGAUGCAAGUUGAGAUAUAUAAUAAUAAAAUGGCAGCUGUGAAUUUUAAAACAUUGAACAAGGAGGAGAUUAUUGAAUUCUUCAAUUCUUUCGACACUGUCCUCACAGAUUGUGAUGGUGUUUUAUGGAUGCAUAUGACACCUUUGAAGAAUGCAUCCGCUGUAAUAAGUAAGCUCCAUGCUUUGGGAAAUAGAGUCUUUUAUAUUACCAAUAAUAGUACAAAAACACUAGAAGAAUUUAUGGAUAAAUGUAAAAUAUUGGAAUUUGAAGCUUCAAAAGAUAAUAUUUUAUGUACUGCAAACUUAUCCGCUAAAUAUCUACAUAAGUUAGGUUUUUCUAAGAAAGUUUAUGUUAUUGGCUCUGAAGCAAUAACAAAAGAAUUAGAAAAAGUUGGUAUUUCACAUUAUGGAGUAGGGCCAGAUGUCAUCAAUCCGGACAUACCAUGUUCAUAUACAAUAUUUAAUAAGGAUCCUGAAGUUGGAGCUGUAAUUGUAGGAUUCGAUGAACAUUUUAGUUAUUCAAAAAUGGUUAAAGCAGCAACAUAUUUAAAUGAUCCAAAUGUACAUUUUAUUGGAACAAAUACUGAUGAAAGAUUUCCACUUGCACAAAGCAUUGUUGUACCUGGUACAGGAAGUUUAGUUCGUUGUAUAGAAAGUUGUGCAGAAAGAAAAGCUCUUAUAAUGGGCAAACCUGAACCUUAUAUAGCUAAUAUUUUAAAGGAGAAAUAUAAUGUAAAUCCUGCAAGGACUCUUAUGAUAGGAGACAGAUGCAAUACUGAUAUUUUGCUUGGGACUAGAUAUGGUUUUAAAACAUUGCUUGUCUUAACAGGAGUUACCAAUUUACAGCAAGUAGAACAAUGGAAGCAGUCAGAUAAGCCAGAAGAAAAAGAGCUUGUUCCUGACUACUAUAUUGAUGCAUUAGGAGACCUUUUAUAUUAUAUAGAAUUAUUUACAUCUAAAUAAAAAAAAAUUUAUGAACUGGUAAAA